AUGCUCAGGACCCUGGGGCUGGCCCUGCUGCCUCUGCUCAGCACCGUGGGCUCCAGCCAGGCCAGCAGUUUCACAGAGAAAGGCCUGUCCUUGCUGAGCUACCAGCUGUGCAACUACAGCGUGACCCAAAAUGUCCAGAAAUUGGAGACCGUCCGCGUGUCCCACGUGACCUACGCGCCCUGCGGCGGAUGGAUCCCCUGGAGGCGGUGUCCCAAGACCAUCUACAGGACGCGGUACCUGGCAGUGGACGCUGCCGAGCCCAGGAACGUCACCGACUGCUGCGAGGGCUUCGAGCAGCUGGGCCUCUACUGCGUUCUGCCCCUGAAUCGGUCUGAGGAGUUUGCAUCAAGACCUGGGGUCUGCCCGAAGGUGGGGCAGGAAGCAUCCACCUCCCCCUGUGCCCUGGACGCCGACUGCCCUGGACUUCAGAAAUGCUGCCCCUUGUCGUGGGGCCAUCGCUGUGUGGCUCCUGCACCCCAAGCCCUAGAGAGCACCUCAACGAGUUCCUGGUACAACGUGACCGUCCUGGUGAAAAUGGACUUCCGGGAACUCCAGCAGGUGGACCCCAGGCUCCUGGAUCACAUGCGGCUUCUGCACUCUAUGGUCACCAGUGCCCUGCAGCCGAUGGACGCUGCUGUCUACCACCUGCACUCGGCCUGUGGGGGCACCUCGACCACAGUAUCAAGGCUGCUGCUGGGCCUGCCGCAGCCGGUACCGGUGGCCAACGUCUCCGCCGUGUUGGACGGCAUCGUGAAGCGCGUCUAUGAAGUGAUCAACAUCCAGGUGCAAGACGUAAAUGAAUGUUUCCACGAGGAACUCAACGCCUGCUCCGAAAGGGAAUUGUGCUUAAACGUGGAGGGCUCAUACCAGUGCGCCCGCCGCCCAGAGUCGGCCACCUCGUCUCCCGAGGCGCUGAACUGCACGUGUGAAGGCAACCCUCCCAUCGGAGACUACAUGAUCCUCAGCGUCACCAGCAGCAGCUUCCAAGUGUCCUGGAGUUUAAAUGCCACCCAGAACCGCACCUUCCAUGUGCAGGUUUACCAGGGUGAGGAGCUGCUCAGGAGCGCCAGGACCCAGGGGACGACCCUGGAGGUGACUGGGCUGGAGGCCGGAGUGCGGUAUGGGGUCAGGACCAGCUACCAGGCAUGCAAGGCCAACAUCACCGCCAUGCUGACCGUCAGAACCGCGGCCCACGUGUUUGAAGUCACCGUGAGGAUCCUGAACCGCACCCUGACUGAGUCGCUGCUGGACGGCGGCAGCCCCGAGUACCGGGACUUUUCCCAACAGCUGCUUCAUGAGGUUGAAAGCGCCUUGCCGCCGGCCGUGUCUGACUUGCACAGGAUGGGGAAGCUGAGGCUGCAGAUCGAGGCGCUCCAGGCCGGAAGCGUGGUCGUGAGGCUCCGAGUGACGGUGUGGGACCCCGACUUCCCAGUGGGGGUCUCCACACUGGCCCCCAUGCUCCCACGGCUGUGGGCGAGCAGAGUGUUCCAGAUAGACCAGACAGGGACGCUGGUGCAAGAUUGGGACGAGUGUGCAGACAGCCUGGAGCACGACUGCUCGCCGGCCGCCCGGUGCAUCAACCUCGAGGGCUCCUACACCUGCCGGUGCCUGACGGCCAGGGACGCCAACCCCUCCCACGCCGGCCGUGCCUGCGCAGGUGACGUGGUGAGCUCCAUGGAAGGUGCCUGGCCACCGGUGACACGGGUAACAGGCCCAGCUCUCAGCUCAGAAACAGCAGCCCUUGGCCUGGGAACCCCCUCCUGGUCACCCAGCCCCGGGCGCCCAUGGGGCACCCCUGCAGCAGGCCAGGCCCAGACCCCAGGGACCCCGCCCCGAAGAGAGGACAGUGGCACAGUCAAGCAGGACGGAAACAGCACAGGGCAAGGCACAGAGGAGAGUGUGCUCGGAAACUCCACUGCAGAGCCGCACACCUGGCCCAUCCCUGCUGCAGGCCCCACAGGCCACACGUGGCACGCCAGCCUCCCCACGGCGGGCACACCGCCGGCACCCCUGGACCCCACGUGGACACAGAACACAGACCCUGGACACUCCAGCACCCUAGACCUGCCUUUGGCCUCCACCCCUGUGUCUCUGAAGCCCCUGGCCUGUGUUCCCGCCCCCAUCGGAAGGGUCACAGUCUCCAACGUGACCAGCACCAGCUUUCACAUGGCAUGGGUGGCAGAUCUCGCCCUGCACCCCACCUUCCAGCUUACCCUGAUGUCCACGCGGAGCCCCGCUGUGCACCUGGAGACCCAGAAUGCGAGUCUGCAGCUGUGGGGCCUGGAGCCCGGCGUCUUGUACCUGGUUGAGAUAGUGGCCAAAGCAUGUGGGAAAGAAAGUGCCGGGACACACCUGAAAGUGAGGACAGCCGCCCAGAAGCUCAGCGGGACAGUCAGAAUAGCGAACGUCAGGUAUUCAGAAUCCUUCCGCAAUGCCAGCAGCAAGGAGUCCCGGGAUUUCCUAGCGCUAUUCUUCAGAAUGGUGCGGGAUUCCUUGUCACCCACCAUGCGUCAGCACCUGGACGCCGGCGGGGUGCGGAUGGAGGUGACCCGCAUCUCCAAUGGCAGCGUCGUCGUGGAGUUCAACCUGCUGAUUGUCGCGGACUUGCAUGUCCAGGAAGUGUCAGCCGCCGUCCUCGCCGCCCUCCAGAACGCCUCCCUGCUGGAGGUGGUCAGCGGCGACGCCUCCAUUUGGGAUUACGACGAGUGUGAGUGGAGGGAGGACGACUGUGAACCGGGCACAUCCUGUCUCAACACCCUCGGGUCUUUUACGUGCAGCUGCAUGGGUGGCACCUCCGACGCCCUUGUAGAAUAUUCUGGAAGACCCUGUGAAGGCAACUCUUCUGGCAACACAACCCAGGCCCCUGACUCUUCUCUGGCCCCCCACCGAGAGCAGCCCCCAACUGCAGCAGAAACGGGGGCUGCCUCCGUGCAAGGGGACAGCCUGGCCCCCCAGGGCCUGCCCCAGAGGUUGAACCUGACUGGCGCGGUCAGGGUGCUCUGUGAGAUCGAGAAGGUGGCCAUCGCCAUCGAGAGGCGCUUCCUGAGGCAGGAGUCCAUCCCCGAGUCUUCCCUGUACCUGGGACACCCGUCCUGCAACGUGAGUGACAGCAACAGCACCCACGUGUUCCUGGUGGCUGGAUGGAGCGAGUGCGGAACCCUCGUGCAAAGCAACGGGACGAACACGGUGGUGAGGACCACGCUGAGGAACGACCUGUCCCCUGAGGGCAUCAUCCACCACCUGAAGAUCCUGAGCCCCAUCCACUGUGCCUUCCAGAACGACCUGCUGACGUCCUCGGGCUACACCCCGGAGUGGGGGGUUUACACCAUCAUCGAGGACCUCCAUGGCGCUGGCAAUUUUGUCACAGAAAUGCAGUUAUUUAUUGGAGACUCCCCUAUACCGCAAAAUUACAGCGUGUCUGCCAGCGAUGACGUCAAGAUCGAAGUGGGGCUUUAUAAACAGAAAAGCAACCUCAAGGUGGUCCUGACCGAGUGCUGGGCCACGCCGUCCAGCAACGCCCGGGACCCCGUCAUGUUCGGUUUCAUUAACAACAGCUGCCCCAUCCCCAACACACAUACCAACGUGAUUGAGAACGGGGACUCCAACAAGGCCCAGUUUAAGCUGAAGAUCUUUUCCUUCAUCAACAACUCCAUAGUGUAUCUGCACUGCAAACUUCGCAUCUGCAUGGAGACCCCCGGAACCACAUGCAAAAUCAAUUGCAAUGACUUUCGGUCGCUGAGAAGUGGUGAUCCAUCUGAAACACACCAGAUGUCCUGGGGACCCCUCAUUCGGUCUGACGGGGAGCCUCCGAGCAGGAAGCCAGGCCUGAGACCCAGCUACGUCGUCCUCAUUGUGGUCGCCGUCUUUGCCGCGGUGACCGGGGCAGCUGCCGUUCUCAUUGUGCGCUACCAAAGAGUGACCGGAAAGUACACCUUUAAGACCCAGCCAGACAACUUCGGCUACCAGGUGUUUCAUGACUAG